UUUGUUACACAGUUAGGACUCACACCCAAGUCUACCUGUCUCCCAGUACAAAGAGCUUUCUCACAGGUGAUGGUCCUAACCUUUCCCUCACCUCCCUCCUGCUUUGUCUCUCCCCAGACUCUGUCCUGCAGGAUGAUGCCAGAGAACUUCACUUGGGCCAGGGGUGCCCCUACGGAGUUCAUCCUCCUAGGCAUCACAGAUCGCUGGGACCUGCACCUGACCCUCAUCCUGAUCUUCCUGCCCGUCUACCUGGUGAGCCUGCUGGGAAAUGUGGGCAUGGUGCUGCUAGUCUACGUGGUCGCCCAGCUCCACACACCCAUGUACUUCUUCCUGGCCAACGUCUCCCUGCUGGAUGCCUGCUAUUCCUCAGCCAUCGGAGCCAAGAUGCUCGUAGACCAGCUGUUGCCCUGCAUCUCCAUCCCUUACGCAGCCUGUGCCCUCCAGAUGUUUUUGUUUACAGGGCUGGCGGAUGCCAAGUGUUGCCUGUUGACAUCCAUGGCCUAUGACUGCGAUGUGGCCAUCGGAAACCCUCUUCUCUACGCCACUGCCGUGUCACGGCGUCUGUGUCUGGUCUUUCUGGCAGCAUCAGGCCUGGGUGGGGCAGUGAGUGCCAUGGUCCACACGACCUUCACCUUUCACCUGAGCUUCUGCGGCUCUCGGGAGGUGAACAGCUUCCUCUGCGAUAUCCCUCCACUGCUGGCCAUCUCCUGCAACGACACCAGUCUCAGUGAACUUCUCCUCUUCGUCAUCUGUGGCUUCAUCCAGACAGCCACCGUGUUGGCUUUCGCCGUGUUCGGGUUCAUUGCCGGAGCCAUGAUCGGCAUGCACUCGGCCAAGGGCCGGUGGCGAGCAGCCUCUACCUGUGGCUCCCACCUCACGGCCGUGGCCGUGCUUUACGGGACAAUCAUUUUCAUGAACCUGUGCCCCAGCUCCAGCUACACCCUGGACACUGACAAGAUGGCAUCUGUGUUCUACACCCUUGUCAUCCCAGCUCUCAACCCGCUCACCUACAGCCUCCGCAACAAAGAGGUCAGGGAGGUGCUCGGAAGGAACUGGAAGCACUGCUGCUGUCCGAGGCCGGCGCACGAGUGCGAGGUCCGAGAGGCUGGUUAGGACUGACUCUGAAGAGAUGAGGAGAGCUCUUCCCGGGCCCGGUCACUGUGGGUAAAGGUGGAGGUUCCUCUGGCUGGGUGUCUCUUGUCAUUGUUUGAGGGGGAGAAAAGGGGAGAAACUGAAGCUAACAGACAGGAGACAGGAACCUGGAGUAAUCUAGCCCCAGCGCCAGAAUCAAGAUCAAGUUAAUCAGCUGUUGAGAUGCCUUAGGUUCCUCGAUGUUCAAAACAUGGAAGUUCCUGCAUGUCACCAGGUGCAGUAACUAAGUUUAUUUGCCGCUUGAACUUCUGAGAGGAUGAUUCCCGGAAACACCAGAUAGGAGCCGUAUUGGCUGCAAGUGUUUCUUGCUCUUCUGAGGUCCUUCAUGACCAGUAAGUCUGCUUCUGCUCACCUCGACCCCAAGAGAACAUCUUCAGUACCCACUCAUGCCAAAGAAUGGGAUGGAAUCUGGCGAGGCAAAUAUCUUUCCCUAUUAGCCUACAUAUUCCAUCUCUCAGGGCAAUGGCCAAGCAGCACCAGCACAUACAUGAGCUCGUUCCUAAAAUCCUAUAGUUGGGUUAGAAUUUGACCAAGAUUUAUUUAUUGCAGGGCUGUGUAGAGAAUAGGGAAGGAUCAGAACUAUGGUUAUGGUUAGAAUAUGGUUAGCGUUCAUGUUAUGGCUAAGACGAGGGUUAGAGUUAGGGUAAAGCCAGGGUUAGGUUACAAAUGGACAAAUUUAGGAUUGAAUUAAAAUUAUGUAAAUUUUACAAUCUGGAUUGAUUCUAAUUAAUAGUGGAUUUGGGAUAAAUUUAGGAGUAAGGGUUUGGAUAAAUUUGAGCUCUUAUUAGAAAUAUUAGAAAUAACAUGUACACACUACUAUAUAUAAAACAGAUAGCCAGCAAGGACCUACUAUAUAGCACAGAGAACUGUACUCAAUAUUUUGUAAUAAGCUAUAAGGGGAAAGAAUCUGAAAAAGAAUGUGUGUGUAACUGAAUCACUUUGCUGUACACCUGAAACUAACACAACAUUGUAAAUCAACUGUACUUCAAUAUAAAAAAAAGAAAUGUUAGAAAUAUUUUAUAGUUAGUGUUAAAGGGCAGGACUACUUAAGAUGAGAAUUCAGGUUUCUUUUUUUAUUGCUAGAUUAAAUUUGAGUUAGAGUUUAGCUCAUGUUAGAGCUCUGUUCGAUUUAAGUUAAGUUGGUAUGUGGAUAACGUUUGUGAUAAGCUUACGUCACAGUCUAGUUAUUAUUACAGUUAGCCUAGGUUCAGAACUAGAUGAAAGUAAGGCAUAAGAAGAGUAUUUUGAGUAUCAAAUCAACAUGUUUGGGGUCACUUUGAGACGUAUUUAGGGUUAUGGAUAAUGGUUGAUGUUUCUUACAGCUUAAGAGUAGGAGCUAAGUAUUGGUGGAUUUAAGUUUCAUCGAGGGUUAUGAGUCUGCUCAGAUUAGCAGGUGGUCAGGUAGUGUGGACUGCUUUGUGUUAAGAUUACAACAUCCAGAGGCAGAGUGGGGGUCUGGAGAGGAAAUUCCAUAAACCUCUAGGGCAAAGGCAACCACAGUGCUCCAGGUCAUGCUGGACCCUUCAGAUCCAGUACUCUUGGGAUUUUUGUAUACCCAGAGUUUACACUUUUGACAGAUUUUCUUUGUCUCCCUGACUCAGGUGCACAUGGGCAAGGCCCAAGGCACUGCAUUCUGCCCAUGAAGCCCCUUCAUGCAAGAGCAGGGCAGGA